UUCCGGGCCUAUUCGUGGAUUUGUGUGAGUUUGUGAGUUCCGUUGCGGUAAAGUUUUCGGUUCACCCGAAUCUGGAAAUUACAUCAAAAGCUGCAAGUUCAAGCUUUCAAGCGAAAAUUCAUCAAUUUUCCAGCAUUUAUUGGUAAAGAAAAAUCUGACAAAAUGUUGACCGUAGAAGUACGUGGUCAAUCUAAGCAUCAACUAGAAGUCGACGAAAAUGCCAGUAUUAUCGGAAUCAAGAACGUCAUUGCUCAAAUGGAAAAUGUACCAGCCACCGAAAUCCUGUUGUACAGCUCCGGAGCUCCGUUACUCAACGACAUGUUGGUAUCGCAGUUACCAAGUUUGACGAUUGAUUUAACCGUUCCUCUGUUGGGAGGUAAAGUUCACGGUUCUCUGGCUCGUGCUGGUAAAGUAAAAGGACAAACCCCUAAAGUUGAGAAACAAGAUAAAAAGAAGAAGAAAACCGGCAGAGCUAAACGACGAAUGCAAUAUAACAGAAGAUUCGUUAAUAUCGUACAGACGUUCGGUAGAAGGAGGGGUCCUAAUUCGAAUUCGUAAUUUUUUUGUAUUAAAUAAAGUUUUAAUCAUCAUA